CCCUGGUGCCUUUGAGGCUUUUAGAAGACUACAGCUGAAAGAGCUUAGAGUUGCCGAUGGAUAUAAGUGUAUGCUUUAACCAAAUGCCGCACCUGUCGUGGAGACUGACGAAGGCUCUUGAGGACACAGUACCUAGAAUGGUACUACAAUAAUGUGAAGAGUCGGUUUAAGAGAUUUGGCAGCGCCAAAGUGUUGAAGACCCUCUACAGGAAACACAUCAUCGAAAGAGGAGCAUUAUCUGAGUUACCAGAGGUCAGCGCACAUGAAGGCAGUAAUGAUAAUGGCAGUGUUUGUGAUGGCAGUGACUCCACGCUCUACAGGCAGAGUGAAGGUCACAGCAUGGCAGACACGCUUACUGUCGCUCUACGUGUGGCAGAGGAGGCGAUAGAGGAAGCCAUCGCUAAAGCAGAGAGCUACAAAGACAGUCUGGAGAAACAGAAUGAGGCUCGCUAUUUGCAUGACCACAGAGAAGAACUCAUAGAGGAACUUGCCACGACAAUUGUUCAAAAAAUCAUUCAGAGGGGGAAACGGUCUGAGAUUCAGACUGAGUUUGAGUUUGUUUGGCCUCAGAAUCAGAGUAGUGAGCUACCAUCCCCUACCUCAACACAAUACACACACGACACACAGCAUUCACACACCACCUCUCAGCACGGCGCAGUAGCCCAGACCGACAUCACUAGCUCCUGUCCGCUGUGGAAGUCAAGAUCAGCAUUCUCUUUGACAAGUGACGAUUCUCCAGAGAAGGACCCUGAGGUGGGAAUGGCCCCAGGGGUCCCGGAGAGUGCAGAGGUAGAGACAGACAUCCAAGACUACACUUCACUCAGGAGGGAGUCCAGAGCCUCAUCACUUCCUGGUUGGAAGAGUGUUGACCGCCUGGACAACACUAGUGCAUCUUCAGUCCUGCAGUCCCCUGAUGGUAACUGGAUCGCCCUGCAGAGCUCCCAGCAUUCCCGGCCCAGUCUGCUGACCAAGCGCAAGAGCCUUGUUUUCAGCGUGCUGGAGAAAGAAUCAGGCGUUGUGUCUGCGUAUGACGAAAUGGGCUCUGAUUCAGACCCCGAGGACCAGGGGGGAUGGGGGGCUGCCCUGUUACAGUUUCGCAGACGUCUCUCCGAUGAAACGUAUUACACAGACUCUCAACAUGACCCAGAAUGGACGUACACCCAACACCCACCCAUCACCUCACCCUCCUCGGGUCAGUACACCAACACUGAGACCCUCAACUCAGACUCGGAGACGUCUCCUGCCCCAUCCACUCGAGCGAGCAGACCAGCCCACGGUACACCCCAGAGGAAAAAAGGGCUGCCUGAAGCACACCCGUAUCCUCCCUACAGACAUCAUGCAAGCAGUGUAGCUUCACCUCUACUGAGGCCAGAAGUUCUUGAUGUGAACUUUAACCCCCGUCUGGGAGGGGACAGUAGUGAUGGGGAGGAGCGGAGCGAGCAGGUCAAAAGGUCAAGGAGGCGCAGAAAGAGCAAACGUGAGACAUCAGACCACAGCCGGGCAAAUAAUGCACUGUACAGCUCUGCCACAGUGGAGAACAGUGCCGUCCUCCUCAAUGCCAUGAUGAUACGCCGGCAACAGAGCCAGGAGAACCCAGUUCCUCUGAUUUACCAGACUCCAGACACUGUGACCCCUCCUGACCUUUUGACCUCUGACGCCAUGACCCCUGAACCUGAUUAUCAGAACACAGUGGCUCAGAACUCUAGUGCCGCCAGCCCGCUAAUGCGAAGCCAAUCAGGAGCCAUCAAACCAGGGUUCGACCUUCAGAGCCCUUUGCUCAGGGGCUCUUCAGUAAAUGAAACCCUGGAACAGGAACAGAGAUCCAAACUCGGUGAGCUGGUUGGCCAAGUCAGUGAGAGGGAUGUAAUGUCAUCUAAUUUUGAGCCAAUCAGGGAAGUGGGCGACAAGCAAGAGGACAUGGUACGGGAGAAAGAAAAUGAGAAACUGAGACCGAAGGAAAGGCGAGAGAGCAAACGAGACAAGAGGGAUGGGAAAUUGAGGGAAAUUGAGAAGCCGAAUGAAAGACAAACGGUUAGAGAGAUGGACAUAAGUGAUGCAGUGAGACAGAUAAAUAAAGAGAGAGAAGUGAAGAGAGAGAGGGAGCGACAGAAAGAAAUCGAAAGACAAGUAGAAAGAGAACGAGAAAGACAAAGAGAGCUGGAGAAACAAAUUGAGAGGGACAGAGAAAGACAACGAGAGAUUGAGGUGCAGGUUGUGAGGAAACAGGAAAGAAAGAGAGAAAUGGAGAAACAACUGAAACAAGAGCAAGAGAGACAAUCAGAGAUCAAGCAAGAGAUAGAAAGGAAGAGGAAAAGCAUAGGCAUGGAAAAAGACAAAUUAGAGCCUAAAGUGAGUGUGAACUCCAAAGAAGAAGAUAAACAGGAAGUGGCCUGUGAAACUGAGGGAGCAUCAGGUAGAGUAAUGAAGCAAAAUAACAGUUUAGAAGAAGACAACAAUGAAACAGAGAAGGAAAACAUGAAGAGAAUACCACCACAGAGAUGCAAAUCAGAAACAGGGUCAGAAAAACAAGAACAGCUUGAGACAAAGACAACAAGGUCUUCAACUACAUCUCCAGACAGCAUCCCCUGUGGUCUGGAGGAGCCACUGUCUCCAUCAGAGGAGGGUCUGAGCGAUCGUGCCCUACAGCAGAGGUUUCAGUUACUCUCCUCUCUCUUACAGCAGAAGUACUCUGCCGCGUCUUUAUGUAGCAUCACCACAGAGGUACUAAAGGUCCUAAAUGCUACAGAGGAAUUACUUGGAGAGGCAGAAGGCAAAGUUCAUGACCCUUCUCCGGCUGGCACACCCAUGUCCUCAGGCCCGGGAACCAGGAAGCUCGACCAGCACCUCACUAAGAUGGAGGAAAAUGUGUAUUUGGCUGCAGGUGCUGUGUACAGCCUAGAGGGGGCGCUGAGUGACUUAGAAGAUUGUGCACGCAGCAUCAGCAGCUCCACAACGGAGACUGAACUGGCCUUCUUGGAAGACCAGGUGGCUACUGCUGCUGCCCAGGUUCAGCAGUCUGAGCUCCAGAUCUCAGAUAUUGAGGCAAGAAUAUCAGCCCUCAAAACUGCAGGUCUGAAUGUAUCUGCAUGCACACGGUUUUCCAAGUACAAAUCUAAACCCAUGUCCCAGACGUUGGACUCUUCUCGUCAUCAGAGGAGAAAGCUGCCAGCUCCUCCUCUCAGAAGUCUGUCAGAAAAGGAAGUCAAAUCUGAGCUGCAGGUGAGAUCUAUGAGGCCAUGACAAGAUGUGACCUCUGUGAUUCUCAGAUAAGCUAUAUGGCUCAAUAUCACACCACUUGUGACUGCUAUAGGACCAUCAGGCUGUUCCACACCAGUGCCUUGUUCCAACUUCCGGUCCUCUAAUUUGAUCAGAACUAAAGCUACUUGUCGACCCCAGGCCUGAUCACAACUUAUAUAGGGUUGAUGUCACUUUUGACCCCAAGAACUCUACCAAACCCUGGAGCUCAACACCUCCGGUUACCAGGGGACCUGAUUCUCUCUCUCUCUCUCUCUGCCUUAAUGGAGACCAAACUCCUACAAUGAACCAUCACAGAGGGUUGUAAUUGUAGAUUUAAUCUCAUGUAAUUACUGUAUGUGUAACAAUGAACAAUGGCAAAUGUUAACAAUCUGGGACGUCACCUCCUUCUCUUUUUCUAAUGUUUGCUGAGUGUUGUACAUGUUUGCAAUCUGUAUGUGACUGGAAAAAAAACUCUCGGGAUGACCAAUGUGACCUUUAUUUUAUUUUGUUGUUUUGUUUUGCAAAGAAGCUGGAGCACAUUUGGUAAAAGUUUUAAAUGUGUGAAAUGUCUAUGUGAAAGUGAACACAAAAUACCUGCAGGACCUGUUUGAUUUUCAUUGUCUUUUUUUCUGUUCUUCUCAUAUGCAGUGCAAAUAUCUCAGGUUUUUUUUUCUGAUGGUCACUUUUGGAGUGGUUUCUUUAAGGCGCUGUGCUAAAAACUGUAUUCAGCAUCUAAAACAACUGUGAAAUUUAUCAUUUAGUCUUUAUUUGAUUUUAUAAAAAAAAUAAGGGUCAAGUACUAUUGGAAAGCACUUGACAACCUUGCCAUAUAAUGAGUUUUUGAGUGUGUUUGCAUGAAUCAUAAACCCACUGUGUAUUCAUACUUGUGUUUGAAUCAACCUCAGAUAUCUAUUGAUCUCUUGAGUAUGAACAUCAAAUCACUGCCAUCUCCAUAUAAGAAGCACUCCAGUAAUUUGUCCACAAGGGUUGUGGCCUUGUUGACCUCUUAUUCAUUUAUUAAUCUGAAAAACCUAGUUGUUAUUCUCACAGCACUGCUUUAGUAUUACAAUCCACCUAUAAAAGUAAGCAUGUACAUACUUAAAAUGUAAUUUUGGACAUUCUAAAACUAUUUGUAAUGUUUCUGUGAUGCAAAUUGGUUUGCAAUUGAUAAUCCAUAUAGUAAAUAUAAAACCAUUAGAAAAAUGCUACAAUAGCACAGUGUUACAACUGCACACUUACGAUAAGCCAAACCACCAUUGUGUUUAAUCACAACUGCAUUAUGUUGCGAUAGAUAAUCUUUAUUUUUGUUAUAAUGCUAUUUAGCCUGUACAAUAUAAAUCACAUGAGCUUAAAUUUAUCAUUUGGUAAGGUAGGCUAUUUUGGUUCACAUUAAAACCUUGCAAGAAUAGUUGUUAUUCUUUUCUAUUUUUGAGCAUUUUAUAAAACAGGGAUAACCUGUUUAUGCAGAAUUACAGCUGUGACAUCAAAUACUGCAUCAUAUUGUCUUAGUGAGUGACUAAGAUGACGUCUGUGCUGUGUGAUGUGUGUUCAGACACACAAAUUGGACCUUUUAGCUCAGAGAAAUCACAGAAGCAUGAAAGAUUGAUCUUUAGUUACCUUGAGAUAUUCCACAGAACUUUUUUUUUUUUUUUUUUUUUUUGAGCCAAUGGAGAAUAAACUAGCAUGCAAUAUACAAUUUGCACCAUCAUCCCAAACUUUGUCUUCUCCAUUCCACUCUCUCUACAGAGAACAUGUCCAGCUUUCAUGCUGUUAAACGGGUCCUGCUCUUUGUUGUUGUCUAUGGCAAUGUUAGUGUAUAAAAGCAUGUAUCACAUUUCUUAUAGAUGUAAAAUAUCCCAUGAAAAGCACAGUCGAGAAAUUGAAAAUGUCCUACAGUGUCAUGUAUUUUUCUAUUUGAAAAAUCAAAUGCAUAUAUAAAAAGACAAGAUAUGAAAGAUAUGAAAUAUCGUAGGCUCUUCGGUGUAUUUUGGGUUUGUCAUGACUGAAAGGGCAUUAGUCUGCCUCUUAUCAGAGUGUCCUCUGUGUAAUUUAACCAUAAAGUGUUAAUUGGGAGAAAAGAAAAUAUUCUGUAGCGAAAGAAAAAAGCCAAUGAAUUCUCAUGUGCCAAAUUUGUUCUGACACAAGCAGUGUUCAAAUAAAUAUGAAUAAAGUUUGCAUUCCUAAAGAGA